AUGGCCAACCUGCGAAAAACACAUCCUUUAAUCAAAAUUGCAAAUGACUCCCUAAUUGACCUUCCCACCCCAUCUAAUAUUUCAGCAUGAUGAAAUUUUGGCUCCUUAUUAGGUCUCUGCUUAAUUAGCCAAAUUAUCACUGGAUUAUUCUUAGCCAUACAUUACACCUCGGAUAUUUCAACUGCUUUCUCUUCAGUAGUACAUAUUUGCCGAGAUGUCAACUACGGAUGACUCAUCCGCAAUAUUCAUGCUAACGGAGCCUCAUUCUUUUUCAUCUGCAUUUACCUUCAUGUGGGGCGAGGGCUUUAUUAUGGGUCCUACCUUUAUAAAGAGACAUGAAAUCUAGGCGUAAUCUUAUUACUUCUCCUUAUAAUAACAGCAUUUGUAGGGUAUGUACUUCCAUGAGGACAAAUAUCAUUUUGAGGUGCUACAGUAAUCACUAACCUUCUCUCAGCAAUCCCAUACAUUGGAAACAACCUUGUCCAAUGGAUUUGAGGGGACUUCUCAGUUAAUAACGCCACUCUCACCCGCUUUUUUGCUUUCCAUUUUUUGCUUCCUUUUAUUAUUUUAGCAACAACUAUAAUUCACCUUAUCUUCCUACAUGAAACGGGCUCUAAUAACCCCACGGGUAUCACAACGGACUCGGAUAAAAUCACCUUUCACCCCUACUUCUCAUAUAAAGAUCUAUUAGGUUUUGCUAUUUUAAUCAUACUUCUAGUAUCACUAUCCCUUUUUGCUCCUAACCUUCUAGGGGACCCUGAAAACUUUACCCCUGCUAAUCCUCUAGUCACACCACCCCACAUUAAACCAGAAUGGUAUUUUCUGUUUGCCUAUGCUAUCCUCCGAUCUAUUCCUAAUAAACUAGGGGGAGUUAUUGCCCUCUUUGCCUCCAUCCUAGUUUUAUUCUGUGUCCCUCUCCUCCACACCUCGAAACAACGAUCCCUCACAUUCCGCCCCCUUGGGCAGGUCUUGUUUUGACUAUUAGUGGGAGAUAUUAUCACCCUAACAUGAAUUGGAGGAAUACCUGUCGAACACCCUUACAUCAUCAUUGGACAAAUUGCAUCACUAAUCUACUUUAUAAUCUUACUAAUUUUCAUACCCGCUCUUAACUUGUAUGAAAAUAAAAUUUGAUGAUAA